CACCCACGGAGGCAAAGAAAAUGCAAUGUGACCUGUAGACGACAGCUUCGACAAGCAAAAUGACUUCUCCGGCUUCAAGUUUCUGGGUCAAUUGACCAGGACGAUGUCAUAUGAGCCGCCCCACCUUCAUUCAUUCAGUCAUCCAUCAUCAUCCGCCGCACUGUCCAACUUUGCCGGCACCUGGCAAUCAACACUGUGUACUCCAUACUGUGUAGGCAUGCUCGAUUCGACUCGUUUGACCAUCAUCAUCAUGCCGUCGUUCGACUGGUAGUCUUCUGCCACUCUUCUCCUCUACGGAUUCUCGCCAUCUCGCCGCUGCCAUGCGCUCCUUCAUUCUUCACACGGUCUAGUUUAUUCCUUUGUUCUUCACUACAACCAGGGCUGUCGCGAUUUCAAUUGAGCCGCAGCCCCUACCACCACAGCCGCUUGCAUUAUUGAGGUCACAAUCUCUCACCUCUACACUGAGUCGUGUGCGAACCUCUCUAUAGAGAUCUGUUUAGAGUCUCUUGUCACACUCCUUCAUGGCCGCUGCCGAAGCACCGUCAUGACCAUCCUCUUAUUCCCUGUUCCUAGGCAUGCUAGUACCCAGCUCUUCUGGUCGUGCGUCGGCAUCUACGCCGACGUCGUCAAAAUAUGCUCACCGAGCAAGAAGUUACGCAGGCUGGCCGAGGAGGUUGCCAGAUUCAGCAGGAAGCCGCCCGAGACAGCCACCGAGACCCUCACGAGACGCAUGCACCAAGCAACGACCCUCGCUGAAUACGAGGAAUGCACGGUUGCUCUGGAUCAAUUACAAGGGCACGAAAGAUGGAAAGAAGGGAAAGAGUCUGUGGAACCUGGUUACAACCCCGACGUUAUAGACACGCAGAUUGGCAUGCUGCAGCGAGCCAUUGCAACCUCGGAUCUCGGCGCCAUGCAGCACGUCUUGCGAACUGGUUUGAGUCGAGACCUGGGAGGUAUGAACAUGUUAAGAUUAUACAAGCACUCUUGGUUUGGAACGAAAUUUUUGAUCGACGAAUAUAUCAAUACGGUCCUGGACACUAUCGACAAGUUUACCGAUACCACUAUCCACUACAAUGUACCUACGGCAGAAGUUCGAUUCUAUCAACAAUCAUUAGAAGAUGCGCUCAAGUACAUGGGACGCUCAGCGCUGACCCUCUCUGGGGGAGCCCUGCUAGGCAUGAAACACAUUGGCGUUGUGAAAACACUAUGGGAAGCCGAUCUGCUACCAGAGAUUAUCUCCGGAGCAUCCGCCGGAAGUAUCGUGGCAGGGAUUAUUGGGAGCUCAACGGACGAGCGCAUGCUUGAAGUGCUGGAAUACUUUCCAAACUCUGAUCUGGCCUGCUUUGAUCCACCUGGCACUGGCAAGGUGGGAUGGCUUCUACAACGAGUUCACAAUUAUGUUCGCACAGGCGCUUUCUUUGACAUGGCAAACUUGAAGAGAGUAAUGCAAUCCUGGCUCGGCGACAUCACCUUCCGAGAAGCACACUACAAGACUGGCCGAAUACUAAAUAUCUGCGUCUCAAGCGCCAGCAGUGCAGAACCACAAAUCUUGAACUACGUGACAGCGCCGGAUGUCUAUGUGUGGUCGGCCGUGUGUGCUUCAUGUGCCGUUCCAAAUGUGUUCUCACCAGUCAGCAUCUACGAAAAAGAUCCCAUCACGAAAGAAGAAAAGCUCUGGAUGCAGAAUGCCCAACAGACUUUUGUGGACGGUUCACUGGACCACGACAUUCCUAUGAGGAGACUGUCGGAAAUGUUCAACGUGAAUUUCUUCAUUGUCUCGCAGGUUAACCCUCACGUUCGAGCAUUUCUUGAACCCGAGGAAAACUUUCAAGGCAUACAGCCCCAGUCCCCCAUGCCACAUCGAAGACCGCUUCAAACCGCCAAAGACCUCGUUCGGCAGGAAAUCAUCCACCGCGCACAACAGAUGUCAGAUCUGGGCCUACCACAGAACUGGUAUCGAUGGGCUUCUGUUUUCAACCAGCAAUAUACAGGUGACAUCAACAUUCUACCCGAAAUCAAAUCGAGCGAGUAUUUCCAUAUGAUGAUGAAUCCCACUCCGGAAUUCAUGGUUGAAUCCACGAUGGCCGGAGAAAGGGCCACUUGGCCUAGGAUGUGCCGAAUCAAGAACUGUGUCGCUAUUGAGCUUGCCCUGAUUCGAGCAAUCCAUACACUAAGAGAUCGCGCGAAUUUUGGUCCCGAAGCUCGAGCUGCGCGUGAAGUCAAACGAUCGAGCAGCAGAGGGCGCUCAAGACGGGGUCGUUCUGCCCGUCCAGCAUUCCUGCGGAGAAGAAGUCUCAGCAUCGAGUCUACUGUAUAUGGUGAAAAUGGACUAAGAGCAACAACUCCAUUGAGGGUUCGGCGCAAUGUCAGCCUUGGGAGCAUACCUCUGCAACGCGACAUGUCACUGACCUUUACGCCUCGAACCACCCCAUAUCUUUCACCGCAAGUUGGCAUUGACCAUGACAUGCUGAACGAGGCGCUGCUAAUGACCUACACCAACGGUCAGGGCUGAUGUUGAUGUGUACAUCGCAUUUGCGGUACAGACUGGACGAGGAGGCAUUGGUCUUCACGUGACCUUGUGUUGGGAGAACAGCCAUGAGCGUAGAUUUUUCGUCUUGAUACCCAUUGUUGUAUGCAAAGAAAUUUGUAGCAUUAUAGAGAAGAUAGAAUGUCCAAAUACAGCUUCUAGAGAUUCC